AUGGGAAAAAACAGGACUGGUUACAUCAUUUUUAUCACUCACUUGAUGCUAUUGUUUAACCUGGCGCUGAGUAAGAGCGAGUAUACCAAGUUAUUCGACAAAUGCGUCAGAGAGAAGAACGCCUUCGACUGUUUAAAACGAAAAGCUUUGGACAUUCUGGAUUCAGCGAUCAACGAUGAUACCGUGUACGUGUUGAACGAUUAUAUCUCCAUUGGAAGGGAUCCUGCAGCGAUUGCCAGGAGCGAUAGGUCGUUCAAGGAUGAAAAUGGGACGGAGCUUACUCUGGAUCAAAAGCUGGAUAACAAGUUCUACGAGUAUCUUACUUCUAGGAACGUGAAGCUUACUAUUCCUGGAGAUGCGUUUCAAGGUCGAAAGAAGAAGGACAAAGGAUACGGUGCUCUCAUGAUGGGUGCUCUAGCAGUGGGAGCUAUGAUGGCGCAGCUAGCUUACGCUAAAAUCGCGUUCCUCGCUGGCACUGCCUUGCUUACUGCUAAAAUAGCGUUAGUUUUGAGUGCAAUUAUUGGAUUGAAGAAACUGGUGUCCAGUCAAGGAGGCGGAGGUCACGAAGUGAUCUACGCCACAGGUAGCGAACAUCAUGGUGGCGGUUAUGGCGGAGGAGGAUACGGGGGUGGCUGGCAAAGGUCCGUCGACGGUGUUUCUCCUACUUGAAUCGAUUAAACCCUGUGGAACUUAAUUUAUUUCAUGUACGAUACUUUGUUUAGGAUAAGCUAGUAUAACGGAUAGAGACGUUUCUCGUUUGUAUAUAAAAUAAAUCUUGACGUUGUCGAUAGUUGUAUUUGAGUAAUAUUAAUUGAAGAAAUUAUUAUGUGAAAUAAGACUACGUAAUAUUUAUUAAGAGUUUAAGUGUACUUUUUAAUUUAGAUAUUCUUAAGUAACUCGCUAUUUCUUCAGAAUAGCUGGUGAAAUACUCUAUACCAAAAAUUAAUAAUAUUGUAUUUAUUUAA